UGUGAUAUAUGACUCAGGCCAAGUAAGGAAGCUGGAGGCUGUUCUAUUGAUGAUAAGUUAGGUUACAUCCCUUCUAUGUUCAUCACAGUCAGAUCAGAAGCCAAAAUCUUUAUGAUAGGCUCAGUGUCUCUUGUGUUAGUUGCCUUUUGUUGCUGUGAUAAAACACAAACCACAAGAAACUUGGAGAGGAAAGGGUUUAUUGCAUCUUACACUUCCAGGUAACAGUCCAUCUCUGAGGGAAGUCAGAGCAGGAACUCAGGGCAGAAACCUGGAGGCAGGAACUGAGGCAGAGACCAUGCCACUUAAUGGCUUGCUUCCUUAUACACCCCAGGACCGCCUGCCCAGGGUGGCACCAUCCACAGUGGGCUGGGGCUGGGCCCUCCCACAUCUCAUAAACCAAGAAAAUGCCCACACAUAUGCCCACAAGCCAAUCUGCUGGAGGCAAAUCUCAGUUGAAGCUCUGCUUUUCCAGGUGACUCUCUCUUGUGUCGAGUUGACAGAAACUAACCUGGACAAAUCUCAUCGCCUGUCUUAUCUCUCAUUACUCUCUAUUGUUCACUAUGUUCUGGCUGUCCUGUCUUUUUCAUUGACCCUUAAGCAUGUAGACAUGUUGUACUGGCUACUCUCUUGCCUCAGACAGCUCAGCACAGCUCACUCCCUCAUUUCCAUCAGGGUUCUGCUUCUGUGUCAUCCCCACCCCCUCGCCAGGGCUUUCCUGGACACCACGUCUAAAAUAACACAUUUGGCUGGGUUUAUGGCUCCAGUGGUAAAGAGCUUGCCAAGUCUGCAUAAUUCUCUGACUUCUAUCGCUCGUCUGUCUCCGUCUCUCUGCGUCUCUGUCUCUGUCUCUGUCUCUGUCUCACGCACACACGAUUAAAACAGCACCUUUUUACACUCUGCUUUAUUUUCCAUCUUAGUGCUUAGCUCUACUUGAAAUGAUAGACAUUUGCUUCUUUCUUUCCUUCCUUCCUUCUUUCCUUCUUCCUUUCUUUUGUCUGUUUUCCUCAACUCCAAUAUCACCUUCCCGAAGAAAUAAUUUGGUGGCUUUGCUUUUUUAUUGUAUUUCCGGUGCUUAGUGCUGUGCAUGACACAUGGAAAGCACUUGGUUAUUGUUUAUUGAGUGAAUUCUAGGAAGCUGUGGCAGGAUUUGAUGAGAAAACAAGAUGGGCUAAUUUGUAUGUUUCAACGUUCUCCCUAUCCACAGGAUAGAGUGGAGUUUGGGGUACAAAUUCGGGUGAGAAUCUUAUUAGAGCAGUCGCCAAGAACAUUCACUGACUCCCUCAUGCCAGAAACACCUACUCUGGUCUAUGCCCCAUAUCCUUUGCCAGCCAGAUAGGCAUUUACCAAAUUCUCUUCCUAUGCUGAGGUACUGAGAGUCAUGCACUCUUUGCCAAAGCUAAUCUGUGCCAGGAAAAGGAGUCAUGUGCAAAGGUAGGGGCUCUGAGCAAGAUCAGCAGUCAUUUCUGGCUAGUGGCAAGAUUUAAGGGGCAUCUCAGUAGGGGCAUAUGACUUGAAUCUUAACAGAACUAGCAUGUGGGGGCAUUUCUCAGAUUGUGCUACCAGAAAUGAUGGGGAUGGCCUUGGGAGUGGAAGAUAGUAUAUGAGCAGUUUGAGAGGUAAGGGACUGAGGAACAUCUGAGAAAAAGCAGGAUCUAGGCCCAGGUGAGUUAUAUUAGGGGCUGCUUAAUGAUUGAGAGUGUGAACAGCCGGGCGGUGGCGGCGCACGCCUUUAAUCCCAGCACUUGGGAGGCAGAGCCAGGUGGAUCUCUGUGAGUUUGAGGCCAGCGUGGUCUACAGAGAGUGUGAAUUCUGAAAUCAUGCUGCCUGGAUUUGAAUCCUGCUUGUAUUGUUGGUAGCUAACCUCCCUGGACUUUGUUUUCUAUAUAAAAUGAAGACAAAUAACAACUUUAUAGGGUUGUUAGAAAGAGCAGCCAAGUUAUUGAGUACGAAGUGGUCAGAACGAUGACUAAAUACUAAGUGUUCUAGAAAGCAUUCAUUGUCUGUUGAACCUCGGAGGGGCCUUUAAUGCCAGAAUGAUGGGAAAUUGGACUAACUUGUAGGCAGUGUGAGCAGUGGAUGUUUUUGUGGCUAGAGGAGAUAGUUGACCAAAGCUGGGUUUGAAAUGUGUACUGCCAAGGGAGAGGUGUGAGAGGUUGGUGAGCAGGAUCCUGCCAUCCCGAGGGAGACAGGAGUGUCUUUGAUACUGGGCUGGGUCUAACUUGUGGGGGGUGGCAGCAGGGGUCUCUGAGGUCAGAGAGGAAGGAGAAUUUAGGGUGGAAAGCAGUCCUUCAGUCUCAUUCUGACUAGUACUUGGGAGGGUGGAGGAUGAACAUCGAGUAAGAAUCCCCACCAGGGCAGAGCCCAGCUCCACUGCCUCUGACCUCCAGCACAGAGGGCUGGCCGUCCCCAGACAGUGUAAGCUCUUGUGCUAGUGGGCAACCCCUUCCACCCACCCAACUUACCCUUGCCUUGCAUCCUGGCCUCUGCCGAUAGAAGCUGAGGAGAGGUCCUUUAAUCCCUUUACUAGCCAGGAGCUCCCACAGCCUGUACUGCUUCCCCCAGGGGGGAAAAAAAUCAUACUUUUAGCCCAGCCACACCCAUUCUCCCACAGCCUCCUCCACUCCUCAGCCUUCCUGGUUCUCCCCACCUCUGUGCUUCUCACCAUGCCCUGGAGCUCUGCCGCCACCUGGGUUCCCUGGCAGCCUGGUUGCCAUGGCACUGUGGGAGCAGGUCGGGCAGAACAACAGGCAAGACCUGGGACCCGGCUCCUGCCACCUUUCUACCUGAGAACCCCCUGCCCUCCUCCCCCAGCUGAGCAGAGGAGGACAUGAGGAGAAAAAGGAAGCUUCCCCGCAGGGCAGCUCUUUACCUUGUGGAGGGUGAUGCCCCAGGCAGUGACCUGAGCACAGCGGUUGAUAGUCCUGGGAGCCAACCCCCCUACCGACUGAGCCAGCUGCCCCCCACCAGCAGCCACAUGGGGGGCCCGCCUGCUGGGGUGGGCCUUCCUUGGGCUCAGAGGGCACGCCUCCAGCCGGCCAGUGUCGCCCUGAGGAAGCAGGAGGAGGAGGAGAUAAAGCGCUCCAAGGCCCUGUCAGACAGCUAUGAACUCUCCACAGACCUGCAGGACAAGAAGGUGGAAAUGCUGGAGAGGAAGUAUGGGGGCUCCUUCCUGAGCCGCAGGGCUGCCAGGACCAUCCAGACAGCCUUUCGCCAGUAUCGUAUGAAUAAGAACUUUGAGCGGCUGCGCAGCUCAGCUUCAGAGAGCCGCAUGUCCCGCCGUAUCAUCUUGUCCAACAUGCGGAUGCAGUUCUCUUUUGAGGAGUACGAAAAAGCACAGAACCCUGCAUACUUCGAGGGCAAGCCUGCCUCACUGGAUGAGGGUGCCAUGGCUGGUGCCCGGAGCCACCGGCUUGAACGGGGUCUCCCCUAUGGAGGCUCCUGUGGUGGGGGCAUCGAUGGUGGUGGAAGUUCAGUCACCACAUCUGGAGAGUUUUCUAAUGACAUCACAGAGCUCGAGGACUCCUUCUCCAAACAGGUUAAGUCUCUGGCUGAAUCCAUCGAUGAGGCUCUGAACUGCCACCCAUCGGGGCCUAUGUCUGAGGAGCCAGGGUCAGCCCAGCUGGAGAAGCGGGAAUCAAAGGAACAUCAAGAGGACAGCUCAGCCACAUCCUUCAGUGACCUUCCCCUCUACUUGGAUGACCCAGUUCCUCCUCCAUCACCCGAACGACUGCCCAGCACAGAACCCCCACCCCAGGGCCGCCCUGAGUUCUGGGCACCAGCUCCCCUCCCACCAGUUCCUCCACCGAUGCCACCAGGGACCCGGGAAGAUGGUAGCCGUGAGGAAGGCGCUCGCAGGGGUCCUGGGUGCUUGGAGUGCCGGGAUUUCCGGCUCCGGGCUGCACACCUUCCCCUCCUUACCAUUGAGCCUCCCAGUGACAGUUCUGUAGACCUGAGUGACCGCUCAGAUCGCGGGUCUGUCCACCGCCAGCUGGUGUAUGAGGCUGAUGGCUGCAGCCCCCAUGGGACCCUGAAGCACAAGGGGCCACCAGGCAGGGCCCCAAUCCCACACCGCCACUACCCUGCCCCUGAGGGUCCAGCUCCAGCCCCGCCAGGGCCCCUGCCAGCAGCCCCCAAUAGUGGCACUGGGCCCAGUGGUGUGGCUGGAGGUCGGAGGUUGGGGAAGUGUGAGGCAGCAGGUGAGAACUCUGAUGGUGGAGACAAUGAGAGCCUUGAGAGCUCCAGCAACUCCAAUGAGACCAUCAACUGCAGCUCUGGCUCCUCUUCUCGGGAUAGCCUGAGGGAACCUCCAGCCACUGGCCUGUGCAAGCAGACUUACCAGAGGGAAACGCGGCACAGCUGGGACUCACCAGCCUUCAACAAUGAUGUGGUACAGAGGCGGCAUUACAGAAUUGGCCUCAACCUCUUCAAUAAGAAGCCAGAGAAGGGUAUCCAGUAUUUGAUCGAGCGAGGUUUCCUGUCGGACACUCCUGUGGGGGUGGCUCACUUCAUCCUGGAGCGGAAAGGCCUGAGCCGGCAGAUGAUAGGGGAAUUCCUGGGGAACCGGCAGAAGCAGUUCAACCGAGAUGUGUUGGACUGUGUGGUGGAUGAGAUGGACUUCUCCUCUAUGGAUUUGGAUGAUGCGCUCAGGAAGUUCCAAUCCCAUAUUCGCGUUCAGGGUGAGGCCCAGAAAGUGGAGCGACUCAUUGAAGCCUUCAGCCAGCGGUACUGUGUCUGUAACCCUGCCCUUGUACGCCAGUUCCGGAACCCAGACACCAUCUUCAUCCUUGCUUUUGCCAUCAUCCUCCUCAAUACCGACAUGUACAGCCCCAGUGUCAAGGCUGAACGCAAGAUGAAACUGGAUGACUUCAUUAAGAACCUGCGAGGGGUCGACAAUGGUGAGGACAUCCCCCGAGACCUCCUGGUAGGCAUCUACCAGCGCAUCCAAGGUCGUGAACUGCGUACCAAUGAUGACCAUGUGUCUCAGGUGCAGGCUGUGGAGCGCAUGAUUGUUGGCAAGAAACCGGUCCUGUCUCUUCCUCACCGUCGACUGGUUUGCUGCUGCCAGCUCUAUGAGGUGCCAGAUCCAAACCGCCCCCAGAGGCUGGGGCUGCAUCAGCGGGAGGUUUUCCUCUUCAAUGACCUCCUUGUGGUCACCAAAAUUUUCCAGAAGAAGAAGAUCUUGGUGACAUACAGCUUCCGUCAGUCCUUUCCCCUGGUGGAAAUGCACAUGCAGCUCUUCCAAAAUUCAUAUUAUCAGUUUGGGAUCAAGUUACUGUCUGCGGUACCUGGAGGGGAACGAAAAGUCCUCAUCAUCUUCAAUGCUCCUAGCCUCCAAGACAGGCUGCGCUUUACCUCUGACCUGCGGGAGUCCAUUGCUGAGGUGCAGGAGAUGGAGAAGUACCGCGUGGAAUCGGAGCUGGAGAAGCAGAAAGGUAUGAUGCGGCCUAAUGCCUCACAGCCUGGAGGAGCCAAGGACUCGGUGAACGGGACUCUGGCCCGCAGUAGUCUGGAGGACACUUAUGGGGCAGGCGAUGGGCUCAAGCGGGGUGCACUCAGUAGUUCCCUGCGAGACCUCUCUGAUGCAGGGAAGCGGGGGCGGCGUAACAGCGUGGGAUCGCUGGACAGCACCAUCGAAGGGUCUGUUAUUAGCAGUCCACGCCCUCACCAGAGGAUGCCACCUCCGCCCCCACCCCCGCCGCCAGAGGAGUACAAGAGCCAGAGGCCAGUCUCGAACUCCUCAUCUUUCCUGGGCUCCCUAUUUGGAAGCAAGAGAGGCAAGGGGCCCUUCCAGAUGCCACCACCGCCAACAGGCCAGGCCUCUGCCUCGUCUUCAUCUGCUUCCUCCACCCACCACCACCAUCACCACCACCACCAUGGUCACAGCCAUGGUGGCCUGGGGGUGCUACCUGAUGGGCAGUCCAAGCUCCAGGCCCUGCAUGCCCAGUAUUGCCAAGGACCGGGCCCUGCCCCACCACCCUACCUCCCACCCCAGCAACCCCCUCUGCCUCCACCCCCUCAGCAGCCUCCACCCCUGCCCCAGCUGGGCUCCAUUCCACCACCACCUGCCUCAGCCCCACCUGUGGGGCCACAUCGACACUUCCAUGCCCAUGGCCCAGUUCCAGGACCCCAGCAUUAUACCUUGGGCCGGCCAGGCAGAGCCCCAAGACGAGGGGCUGGAGGACACCCUCAGUUUGCUCCACAUGGCCGCCACCCCUUGCACCAGCCCACAUCCCCGUUACCCCUGUACAGCCCUGCUCCACAGCACCCUCCUGCCCAUAAACAGGGCCCCAAGCACUUCAUCUUCAGUCACCACCCACAGAUGAUGCCAGCAGCAGGUGCAGCUGGGGGCCCUGGGUCCCGGCCACCAGGGGGAUCCUACUCCCACCCUCACCACCCCCAGUCGCCCCUGUCACCACACUCACCCAUCCCACCUCACCCCUCCUACCCGCCCCUGCCCCCACCCUCACCCCACACCCCACAUUCACCCCUCCCACCCACCUCCCCCCAUGGCCCACUGCACGCCUCUGGGCCCCCUGGCACGGCUAAUCCACCCAGUGCAAACCCCAAGGCCAAGCCAAGCCGGAUCAGCACUGUGGUCUGAGGAAUGGAGUGAGUGUGCUGGGGAACAGGAUAGUCUGGGGAAAUCCACGGGAGAGGGACCUGGCCCCCUCUCUUCUUCCUCGGUUUUUUCAAACUAUAUAUACACUCAGCAGUGUCCUUCUUUCCACUUCCUCCAUAUCUCCAGACCCUUCUUCCCACCCACCCCCCGCAGUCGUCAUGGGGUUGCCUUCCAGAUUGGAGGGCCCUUGCCACGUGCGGCCUGAACUUAGGCCCUGCAGUGCUGGGAAGUGGGGGGGGGGACCUCUCCGCAGUCCUUGUCCUCCUUUUCCUGUCUUCCUCUUCUCUUUCUUGUCCCUGGAGGUCUGGUUGGUGACCUCAGACCUCUGGACAAAUGUGAGCUUCCUUGCAAGCUGGUGGAGAAGGCAGGCUCCUGGAGCUGUGAGAGGGAAGGCUUCCCUAGAAACUCCUCUGCUGUGUGGGGCUAGGACAGAGCUCUGCCGAGCUCUGGCCAAACCUCAGGGCCUAGCCACACACCUUCAUGUGUCUUUCUGCCUGCUGGAGGACACAGACCAUCAGUGCACUCCGUGGGUGGGACCCCGCUUGUGCUGGCCCCCACUGAGGGCAGUGCUUCCUCUCUUGAGCCAGUCUGUGUGCGCCCUCUCUCCUAAUAGGCCCCAGCCCAGACCUCUUUGGCUUCAGGAACCUGCCUUGCCCUGCAAUGUUCUUAUCCUGAUCAAAGUCCAGACAGGUUUUUUUUUUUUGGAGGUGGAGGGGGGGGCUCAGGUCUGGGAUGAGAAGGGUACUGCCCUCCCUCACCCAUAUUGCAUGCCCGCCCCCAUUCCUACUUUUCCCACCAACAACUGAAGACAAUGCACUUUACAGAUAUCACCCACACAUAUCUCACUGGGGCAGGGCACCCAGCAUCAGCCCUGGGGAAAGACUCCCAGAGGACCACCCUGAGCCCAAGAUGUCCUUCCUGAGGCAGAGAUUGAAGCCAUCAGAGCUGGGGCUGCGAGCCAGAAUGCCCAAGCCCCUCUUGUUCAUCAAAAUCUCCACUGCCUCGCCAGCCCUUUUGCAGCCCUGUUUAUUUAUUAUAAAUAUAUUUUUUACAAGUCCCAGCUCCUCUUCUUGCCCUACACAUCCAGCUCCUUCCACAGUCCCUGCCUUCCUCUCCCCUGUCCAGUAUGGGCUGCAGUACAGACAGACAGAUGGACCCUCUAUGUCAAAGGGUCCCUGGGGCUUAGGGUGAUGGGAGGGUGUUGGUGGGAGGGACGGUAUGGAGAGGAGCGGGGGUUCAGGCAUUGUCUUUUUUCCCUCCUUGUAUAUAAGAAUGUAUAUUUGAUGCCUCAUAAAAGACCUUGUGCUCACCUCUG